CAAGACAGCAGGGUCGGUUACAACCUACAGGAUCAUGUUGGACUCGGCGGACUCGCGUUUAUGGUCAACCAGGAGAUUGCUAUGGUGGAGAAUCGGUUGCAAAGUGUUCAAGCGGUGAUGCAAUAUGCUGCGCUGGGUGAUGGACCGCUGACGGUGCCCGGAGGUGUCGAAGGCGUCGCUUUUGUCAAUACUAAAUACGCGAACGCCUCGCUGGACUUUCCUGACAUCGAAUUGCAUUUCAUUUCCGGUUCGACUAAUUCGGAUGGUGGUAGACAGAUCAGAAAAGUUCACGGAUUGACAAAACAGUUCUACGACGCUGUUUUCGGGCAGAUAAGUGACAAGGACACAUGGAGCGUGAUUCCUAUGUUGUUACGACCAAAGAGUCGCGGCAUGAUCAAGCUACGCAGCAAGAAUCCAUUCGAUCAUCCUCUUAUUUACGCAAACUAUUUCAAGGAACCGGAAGAUAUCGCCACGUUGGUCGAAGGAGUCAAGAUCAGCGUAGCGCUUAGUAAAACCGAAGCGUUCAGACGAUUCGGAAGCGAGCUCAAUUCGCAACAGUUUCCAGGAUGUAAACACAUACCUGCAUUUAGCGACCCGUAUUGGGAAUGUAUGAUACGCCAAUAUAGCAUCACGAUCUAUCAUCCAGUAGGCACAUGCAAAAUGGGCCCUUAUUGGGAUCCCGAAGCCGUCGUUGAUUCGCAGCUUAGAGUUUACGGUGUGGCUGGGCUUCGUGUCAUCGAUGCCUCGAUCAUGCCGAACCUUGUCAGUGGAAACACAAACGCACCGACGAUUAUGAUCGGUGAAAAAGCAUCGGAUAUGAUUAAGGAAUAUUGGUUGAAGUCGAAAGGCAGGUUCGAGGGGGACUCUAGUGAACGAUAAAUACUUCGGCCUCGUUACGAAUGAUGAGAGAAUGACAAGGGAAUGAUACGAAUGCCAACUACCGUCGAUAUGUUAAGAAUAAAAAUUUUGAAUUUUACUGCUUUAUUGCUUUCUUACUAUAUUUUAUGAGCCAUAUUAGUUAAGAAUAAGAAUAUCCGAAUGCAUAUAAAUUAUUAUAUAUUUAUCUGAAAAUGUAUCAAAUGGAUAUGUUUUUAGAUACAACUUUUAUAAAAAUGGAAUAUUUAAAGAAUCUAAUACUGUAUUACAAUGCAGCAUUUAAGUAAGCAUUUAAGUAACGUAAGCAUUAAUUAUAAUGUUAUGCUCGCAAUUAUAUUGGUAUAUUAUUUUCGAAAUUGAAUUUUAAUCUUCCAAACAGUUGAUAGCCAGCACAAAAGAAAAAUAUUUGAGCACUAUUCAUGUAAUCGCGUACGAUUAUCUAUUACUUCUUAUGUUAAUUAUACAUAUUGUGGAUUAAUUAA